GUGCGCUGGCGAGACGCGCUCAGAUAUACUGAGCGAGCGCUGAGAGGCAGCCUCAGAUCCUGACGGUGCAGCAGCCCGCAGCCUCAGCCAGGGAGUCCCAGCCGCUUUCAAUGGAGGAGAAGCCCGGCCAGCCACAGCCUCAGCACCAUCACAGCCACCACCAUCCGCACCAUCACCCCCAGCAGCAGCAGCCGCACCACCACCACCAUUAUUACUUCUACAACCACAGCCACAACCACCACCACCACCACCAUCACCAGCAGCCUCACCAAUACCUGCAGCAUGGAGCCGAGGGCAGCCCCAAGGCCCAGCCCAAGCCGCUGAAACAUGAGCAGAAACACACCCUCCAGCAGCACCAGGAAACGCCGAAGAAGAAAACAGGCUAUGGUGAAGUAAAUGGUAAUGCCGGAGAGAGAGAGAUAUCUUUAAAGAGCCUCAGUUCUGAUGAAGCUACUAACCCUAUUUCUAGGGUCCUCAAUGGCAACCAGCAAGUUGUAGACACUAGCCUGAAGCAGACUGUAAAGACCAGCACCUUUGGAAAAGCAGGAAUUAAAACCAAGAAUUUUAUUCAGAAAAACAGUAUGGACAAAAAGAAUGGGAAGUCUUAUGAAAAUAAAUCUGGAGAGAACCAGGCUAUAGAUAAGACCGACACUGUAGCAAUUCCAAAUGGCGUUAUAACAAAUAAUUCAGGCUAUAUCACUAAUGGUUAUAUGGGCAAAGGAGCAGAUAAUGAUGGUAGUGGAUCUGAGAGUGGAUAUACCACUCCUAAAAAAAGGAAAGCUAGGCGCAAUAGUGCCAAGGGUUGUGAAAACCUUAAUUUAGUGCAGGACAAAAUAAUGCAGGAGACUAGUGUCCCAGCAUUAAAACAGGGACUUGAAAGUUUAAAGCCUGACUACAGUGAACAAAAGGGAACUCGAGCAGAUAGUUCGAAGCCUAUUUGGAAGUAUGAAACUGGACCUGGAGGAACAAGUCGUGGAAAACCUGCUGUGGGUGACAUACUUCGUAAAAGCUCAGAUAUUAAACCUGGUUUGAACAGCAAAAAGUUUGAUGAUCGGCCUAAAGGAAAGCAUGCCUCAGCUGCUGCCUCCAAAGAGGACUCGUGGACCUUGUUUAAACCACCCCCAGUUUUUCCAGUGGACAAUAGCAGUGCUAAAAUAGUUCCUAAAAUAAGUUAUGCAAGCAAAGUUAAGGAAAACCUCAACAAAACUGUACAGAACUCUUCGGUGUCACCAUCCUCAUCUUCAUCCUCUUCAUUAUCUACUGGGGAAACUCAGACCCAACCUUCAAGCCGAUUAUCCCAGGUCCCCAUGUCAGCUCUGAAAUCUGUUACUUCUGCCAACUUUUCUAAUGGGCCUGUUUUAGCAGGAACUGAUGGAAAUAUGUAUCCAUCAGGGGGUCAGCCACUGCUAACUACUGCUGCUAAUACUUUAACACCCAUCUCUACUGGGACUGAUUCAGUUCUUCAGGACAUGAGUCUGACUUCAGCAGCUGUUGAACAAAUUAAGUCUAGCCUUUUUAUCUACCCUUCAAAUAUGCAAACGGUGCUGUUAAGCACUGCACAAGUAGAUCUGCCCUCUCAGACAGAUCAGCAAAACCUGGGGGAUAUCUUCCAGAAUCAAUGGGGUUUAUCAUUUAUAAAUGAGCCCAGUGCUGGCCCAGAGACUGUUAUUGGAAAGUCAUCAGAUCAUAAAGUGAUGGAAGUGACAUUUCAAGGAGAAUAUCCUGCCACUUUGGUUUCACAGGGUGCUGAAAUAAUUCCCUCAGGAACUGAGCAUCCUGUGUUUCCCAAGGCUUAUGAGCUGGAAAAACGGACUAGUCCUCAAGUUCUGGGUAACAUUCUAAAACCCGGGACUACUGAGAGUGGAGCCUUAUCCUUGGAACCCAGUCAUAUAGGUGACCUGCAAAAAGCAGACACCAGUAGUCAAGGUGCUUUAGUGUUUCUCUCAAAGGACUACGAAAUAGAAAAUCAAAAUCCUCUGGCCUCUCCCACGAACACUUUGUUAGGCUCCGCCAAAGAACAGAGAUACCAGAGAGGCCUAGAAAGGAAUGAUAGCUGGGGUUCUUUUGACCUGAGGGCUGCUAUUGUAUAUCACACUAAAGAAAUGGAAUCUAUAUGGAAUUUGCAGAAGCAAGAUCCCAAAAGGAUAAUCACUUACAAUGAAGCCAUGGAUAGUCCAGAUCAAUGAAGGACCAGACUGCCUGUUUGUAACCUUUCUGCAGCAUUAGAGCCACCGUUCAUGGGGGACACAAGGCUUUUAUGCUCCUAGAUCUUCAACGCAGCAGAGGAACCAUAAGUAGAAUCACAGGAUAAUAUAUACAAAUAUAUAUAUAUACAUAUAUAUAUAUAUAGUUAUUUAAAAAAAGGCAACUGAAAGUAAUUAGACUUCUUAAGGAAUCAAAUUUAUUUCAAGAGACUACACAUGGUUAUUUAAUCUCCGGUACUGAAUAGUCUUUUUCUUUUAUUUUGUUAGUUUUUGUUUUUAAGUGUGAAUGCAAGUGAUUAAUGAAUACAGACUUAACAAGCGUGGUUCUAAAGUUCCUGCUGUCAUCGACUUGGGCAACAAAUGACCCACUGGAAAGGCAAAUCCACUUACUAGAUAUCUGUAUCUUGUUCUGUGACUAAAGUGAUACACUAAUCACGGGGAACCCAGAAUGAUGCAACACAUUUCCCCUACUCCGCCCUUGAUCUUUUAGUUUUAUUUUGAGCCCUGCGAGAAUGCUGGAUAAAUGCCUUGAAGUUUGCAGGGAUGUUUUUUUUUUUGUUGUUUGUUUUUUGUUUUUGUUUUUGUUUUUUUAAUCCGAUGAUUUGCAUGUCUUGCCAGGAGUUGUGCAGCCUCUGUGGGGUGUUGGGGAAAUAGUUCCUUUCCUUUUAUUUUUUGUGGGGUGGGGGCAAGGGGAGGGCAUUGAAGUUCCUGGAAUAGUUGGUGGGUACAUAGUUAACUUACUUUGGUUACAUGUUUGACUUUUAACAGCUGACGAAUCCAAGAAUGUCAUUUAAAGAAAAGUUGCAGAACAAGUAAUUGGCUAAUAAAUUAUCCAUUAUAAUUGUGUAACUGGGAGCAAAAAUAUAUUCUGCUUUUCGCUGUAGGUGCUCAGACUUGCUCUCCGUCACUAACACUAAAUGUGUACUCUUGUUUUUCAUCAAACAUCUAAGAGAAACUUAUGUAUCUUUCUGUAAAUUCUUUUAAUUUCAGUUUCUCAGCAAAAUCUAAAAAGGAAAAGUUCAUGAAAAAAAUGUUUGUUUUUAGCCAGUGAGGAGGUAAUAAACACUGCUUGUAGAAGGUGUGUUUUCAUGCAAAUUCUACUUCUGAGCUUACUAGCUUCUAAUUAUAUGGUAAUAUAUUUUAUUAUUAGAGCAAGAUGGAUUUUUUUAAGGAAAAUAAUGUGAAAUUCUGAAAAUUUUGUUUUGGGCAGAAAAGAGCAUUAGCCCUGUCUUAUCAUCGCAUUACCAUCCUGUUGCGCUGCAGCUUGUGUAUAGCAUGCUAAAAUGUGUGUGUGUGUGUGUGUGUGUGUGUGUGUGUGUGUGUGUGUGUGUGUGUGUGUAAACUAAGGGUCCAAUUUAAGACUGGGUGAUGUUAGUGGCAUAAUAACAAGUUCUCUGGCCUGAUGCAUCACAUCACACACAUACACAUACAGAGAAAUUAGUGUAUCCAUGUAUGUCAAAUACAAGUUAAAAUAGCAGGGCAUUUAUGGAGUUGCAGUCUUCUAACAAAGGCAGACUGGGUCCCCUGGACACGUUUGGGGAGAAAGUACUUUUUACUCUAUUUGUUUUGUAAGAAAUGUCCAGUUUUGAGUGAUUGUAGUAUGGAUGGAUUUUCUGGUUUUGUUAAUUAUUUCAGGUUUUUAAACAAAUAGUUCACGAAAGAAGCUAUUUGAUUUACCGCAGAGGAAAAUACUUUUUAGUCUGGAUUUCUGCCCUGCUUAGAUUUUUAAAAAAGUAUAAGCAUGGAUUGCCAAUUCCACUUGAUGUAAACAAAACUUUUUAUACAUAAUAUAUAUAAUAACUUAUUGUAUCAGUCCAGGUUCAGAAACUUGUGGUAGGCCAGUUUCAGAUAGUUUCAUUUCACCUGUAAACUGUAUCACUUUUACUGAUAUUGUAAUUUUCAAAUGUAUAAUAUGUUUACAGAUGUGCCCUGCAUUUAGUGCUUUGUUCCUAGUUUGAUUUUUUGUUGAGUCUCCUGCCUGCUUGCCAAAAGCUAGGAUGCUUCAGGCCCGUGUACAAGUCAAAGGGAGGCAUCCUUGAGCUUUAAAGCAUUGAACAAACUGGAAAAUGCAACACGCCACAUACUGAACUGAAAAAAGUCUUGUGUUUUGUGUUUCUUUCUUUUUUUUUUUUUAAUAAAAAAUUUCAAAAGUUAAAAAAAAAUUGAUUAAAGAAAAAAGAGGCUCCAGUUUGUUUUAUAGGUUUUAAAGUUCUGCUGUGUGUUUAAUUGCCUUGUGUAACCACUUGUCGCCUUAGGGCCAAAUUCUUACCCCAGUCUUUUUUUAAAUGUCCAUUUUGCUUGCCUGGAAUUUUAAAGUUCUUGGGUUGCACAAAUCAUAAAAAAACUUCCUUGGUUUGUGGCAUACAAGGUUUUGAACAUAAUCAAAAUGGAAAGAAAAAUCCAGUUUCCUGAAUUGGGCUUUUAAACAUAGAAGUAAUGCUUAGUACCUUUAAAAGCCUUCUCUUUCUUUCAUAAUUCCCUUUCCAUGUCCUUCAGACCUGUUCAGAGAAGAGAAUGUAUCUCUUCUCUGUUUGUCCAAAGGUUGAGAGUCUCACUUUUAAAUGAAACAAUACAACAUUUCACUUUGAUUGCUCCACUGAAAUUUUCUUGGUUCAUAUGGUUAAGAGGUAUAUAUGUCUCUCGACUUUCUGGGAUCCCUAGUGGUCCAUCAGAUUAACUGUCAGUAUUUUUUGGACAUUGGGUUAAUGGACUUAAUUGCCUCAGUACAAGCAGGACUUUGGGACAGAUCUCCUUUGUGCUGUUGGAUACUUGUCUCAAUAUUUCUCCUUAGGUCCUCACACAAUUCCUUACAGAGCACUUAUUAAAAAAAAAGUCUUACGAAUUCAUCUGUUUUCUGAUUAUUUUUGCGUAAGCUUCUAAAGAAACAUCAGCUAUGAUUAAUUUAGCACAUUUAAAUAACAGUAUGUUGUUGGCAUAAAGAAUUUUUCUUCAACUCAGAGUAUUAGUACUGUAGCAUAAACCAAAUACAGUCUAGAGGGGAUUUUUAACAUCCCUCCAUUUAAAAGACUGAAAAAGAUGUGUGUGUAUGGAUGUAUGUAUGUUGGGGUGCUUGUGUGUGAGGGAAAGAUGAAGAUACUAAGAAUUAGUAAAUGAAUGUGUAAGACAUUAUAUUAGUAUUCAGAGAAUGAAACUUGUAUUUAUUUUGUGCCAUUUGUUUUCAUUACACGGAAUAAAGUCGGGUGGUUUAAAUCCUUAAAGGGUAGUACUAGAAAAAAUGGCACUAAGGAUGAAAUCAUGACCUAUUUUUUUAAUAGCUAAGAAACUAAUUAUGGGUAAUGAUUUCUUUUUCAGUUUGUCUUGAUUGUAGGUUUUGCGUCACAUACCACUCACUUUUGUGUAAAAUGUCUUGAAUAAUCUCCCUUCCCCACAAAAGACAGGGUGUAUUUAUCUUUUCUCUAUUCACCCCCACUUCAACAACCUGAAGUUAAUUGAAUAGUGUUUCCUCUAACCUUAGUAAUGAACCUUCACAUCAAUAAAGUGUGUUUAUGGUGUCUAUAGUAGCCUGCCCUUUUCUACUUUCUAGGAGGGGAUAGCCAAUAUCUAGAGACUUGUUAGUGACAACUUUUUGCUGUCCUCCAUCUACUUUCCUAGUUACCACUCAGAAUCUGCACAAAUCUCAUCAAUGAAAAAAAGUGUUUUGUGGUUUUUUUUGUUGUUGUUUUUUUUUAAUGACAGUUUUUAAAAGAAAAUAAACCCCAGUUGAUGUAGUAGUUUAUUCACACAAUAGGACACAGCAGCAGCAGUUUCACACUUGGUGGAUAGACUUGUUGCCAGCUCUUACCAAAAGUUUUGUUUUGUUUGUUUUGUAAACUUUUAAGGUCAGAGAAAGGGUAUGUAAUGUGAACUACCAGAUGGCCUCAGGCAAGGAAAUUUAAGACUUGGCUCAAUUUAAAAGUCUGUCAAAUGGGGUAUGUGAGUGUCUCUCAAGUCACUUUGUGCUCAAAUAGCUAAGGGUUUGAUGCCACUUCCACUUGACCAUAUCUUCAAAGGACACAAUUCCUCUUAUGUUAACCAACUGAAGAACUAGUACAAUGUAGUGAGUGGGUCAAAUACAUGAAAUGAACAGUAGCCUGUUGAUGUAUGCCUGCCAGGGUAGACUUUGAUAGGACUGUCUACCCAUUAGAAAGGGUGGGAUACGCUUAUCUUCCCUGUCCCCCAGUAGUUUGAAAAGGAAGCACAGGACCAGAGUAGAAGCAUGAGUAACUGCUUAAAGAUGGCCAGAAGAACAUAGGCUAACAGUUCUAAAAGUGAGUAUUUAGAAACACUUAGAUAUGUUAGAAGCAAGGCUGGUCUGUGUUGGUGUAAAGAAUGAUAAAUCUAUCAACUCUACUCAAGUGCUGAUUUACUGAGUUUUAAAGAAGAAAGGUCUUGAAUUAUAGGAUGCCAGCAGUAAUUUGAGAGUUUUAAGUUCUAUUGUAAAAUGCUCAACAAAGCAUCAGUAGUUUGUUACUUUUGUAUUACAAGGACUAUCAAAAUAGCAGUUAGGAACUGGAAACAAACAGACACCUGAGCUGUAGUGGGAUUGCUGGUUCAGACAUUUCCUAUUCAGAAAAUACUGUUCUGUCCAGAGUUCUGAAGCCAUUUUACAUCAUUGUGGUGUCUGUUUUUUAACAGCCUUAUAAAAGCUACAAAUGUUUACCCGCUAGUUCACUUUUGCUUUCAUUGUAUAUCAGUUGUUAUCACAGACCAAACCAACUUAGAUCAACAUUACAAUAGCUUUCCAUAUAUGCCCCUUUUUCCUCAGGUGCUAAACACAGCCUCCAAAAUGAAUACUGCUUUAGUGACAUCUGUUUUAUUCUUAAAAUGCACAUUUCUUUUGCUAAUUGUAAAGAUUUGGUGUUAACAAAGUGGUUUUAAUAUGUAAAUAUGAACGAAUACCUUAAGUUGGUUCUAUUUGUCUAUUAAGUCUUUGCAUUUAUCUUUUGUAGAUAAUUUUUCACAAUCUUGAAUACAUUUCAUUAGGUAUUGCAUCUUUAGAAUGAAAACAACUGUUUUGUCUUAGAUAACGCCUGCUGCUGCUGCUGCUGCUGCUAUGGGAAACUGAAAAUCAAGAAUGUGAUGCACUUUUUAACAUUACUAUAUACCAUAGGUUGCUUUAAUACCUUUUCUCUGUAGCACAGCCACUAACAAAAGUGAACAGAGUUUAUAAUUCUCUUUAGGAGUGAGUCAGUAGUCUGUAGUUAGUGUUGACCUAUGAAGGGGACAGUAACUUAGGAAUAAACUUUUGGUUAAUAUUAUACUUUUUGGCCUUAAAGUGUCUUCUACUACUGAAAAUAGUUUAAAUCUUAGCUUUGUUUCUAUUACUCUGUUUAAAAAAAAAAAUUGGGAUGAAUUAAAGGAAGUAAUUUUUUUUUAAUCAGUAAGCUGGCUUUUUUAAAAAUUUGUAUUAGAGAAGUAAUGCUGCCCUGACCCAGUCAUGUUUAGUUUAACAAAGCUCCCAACUAUUCUGCUUCUCUCAUAUAUUUACUUAACAAAGGUAAACAAAGUAUAAGAAUGCUACUUGACAAAGGAAAAAUCUUCUCAAGCACAUACUCAAAACAUGAAGGAGAAAAAACCCAAAAUGUGUAGGAGAGGAACACCAAAUGAGGUGGAGGAAUAUGAGAAAGAUGUGUGGUCCAAAGCUAUCUGGUUAUAUUUUGAUGUUGCCAAUAUUACAGAGCCAAAAUUUUAAUUUGCUUACUUAAUAUAUUUGUUGGCCAGAGAUCUAUUUUUAUAUCAGUGUGCCUUGCAUGUAUAUUAACUUUUGGAAAGGCCAUGUAGUAAUGCCUGAGAUGCUGAUGGUUCUUACCACCUCACUGAUUUUUAUGCAGUUGAAAUGCUCAUUCUAUUGCCCAAUUGGUGCUCUCUGUUUAAAGUCAUAGAUCUUGUCAAACUGGAACUCUUUUAUAAACUGGGAAAGGGAGUUGCUUUUUCACUAGUCUGUCUCUCUCCUUCUCUCUCUCUCUCCUUCUCUCUCUCUCUCUCUCUCCCCCUCCCUCUCCCCCCUCCCCUUCUCCCUCCCCCUCCCUCCCUCCCUCUUUCUCUCCCUCUACCUCCCUCUCUCUCUCCCAGUUUGUUAGUGGCUUGUCUGUAGUGGGAAAUAGUAAAAAAGAUUCUUCACUACCUACCCCACCCCCAACACCACCUUCAAGUAAUGUGAUGACACCAUUUCUUUGUGUGCUUUGAAGAAAGUUUCAGCUUGCUGUCUCCUUUAGUGUUAUGAAAGGUGUUAUUAAAAGCAUUGUUUGCAAAAUACAGGAAGAUGAUGGGAGUCCACAUUAAUUGGGGAUUCUUUGUGAGCUUUGAUCCAAAUUAUUGGCUCUUUCCAACAAAUUUUUUUUUAUUGUUAAAGCACCUUGCUUAGAAAUUUUUAAAUAUUCAUGUCUGCAACAAUUGUCUCUAAUAAACUGUGCAAUUCUUGUCAUUAAAAAAACAAAACAAAAACAGAUCUGAACUCCCUAAUGUGACUUGUUAGUUUCUGUAUUUCCUGCCAGUGUAAAUGUGAAAAGCUUUGCUUGCAUUACGUUUUAGAAAUGCAUUUUGCACACUCAGUUUUGCCGAAGCUCCGUGAAAAGGUUAGAUCUAAGUAGAUGAAUAAAGCUAUGCACAUGUUUUGAAAAUUUAAUUUGUGUGUCAUUACCAAAAGUCAUUAUUUUGCUGUUCUUAGCUUUACCAUCUUUGGGAACAUGGUUCAAAGUUAUAAUUCUGGGCUAGCUCAUCAGUGGAAGUAAAAGGGAGGAAAACUGGCACCCAUUGAAUAAAGUUCCGUUGAAAUGAGAGCUUGACUUGUUAUCUGUUAAAGAGCUUUUCUUGAAAUAGGGCAUUUGUAUCAGCUUUAUAAACUAUGGAUCUAAUGCUCUUCUCAGUGAGGGUUUGAAUAUGAAAAGAAAGGGAAAGUCAGUCAUUCAAGUUGAAAUGAAGGAAAGACCUUUGCUCUGUCACAGACCAAAGCUCUAUGACAAUGUUAUAUGUCUUAAAGCUGGUUUAAAGAUAGGGUAGCCCCCCCCCUUUUAAAUCUUUAUUGCUUUAACAUGAACUUGAUUAGCUGGAUGGUUUGAUAACAAAAUCAUUCAGUUGUUUAAAAGUCAAAACACAUGUUUUUUUUUUUUUAGAAAACAAACAAAAAACCCAAGCUGAUAACAAGUUCAGGAGUUGGGCACAUUGGGUUCAUUCACUGCAGUUGCAUGUACUAAGUAACUUCACUUAACAUGAAGUGUGCACUUAAUAAGGUUGUAUAGAUGUGCUGGCCAGAUCUUGUCAUUCAUCUUUUAACAGAGAACUUCUGUAAAUUUUCUUAGGACAUUUGUAGGAGAGUUGGGUAGAAGAUAUUAACAAUGGCAUUUUCCCCAGGCUUCUAGAUAUGAGAUAUUUCAUUUUAUAGCUUUGUCUAUGUCUAAAAGGACUUACUUCUCUUUCAUUUUGGUGUGUGUUGUUGACUUUAAAAAGAAAGCAAAAAUUCUCCUGUAUACAAACAUAGGUAGUAGCAAACAGCGUGGACGGCUUUGAGUACUCCUGAGCAUCUACCAGUAGUUCAUUUAUGUCCAGUCUUAGAACACCCUGGUAACCAGAAGGCUGAAGCAGGAGGAUUGUGAGUUCAAAGCUAGACUGGCCUGCAUAGCAACAACACAGCAGACUUAUUGGAGAAGUAAUCUCUGUAUUGUGUGCACAGACAUUUACUUAGGAGCUGGGUUGCCUUUUAAUUUUGGGAAAGAAUAAUUAGUGAAUUACAGUUAUGUUAGAUGUUGGCCCUUUUCCCUCUGGGAAUUUUUUCAGUAUUUGUUUUGCCCAGUCUAAAAAAUAAUAAAAGUAGGUAUUUUCUAGAUAGAAGAACAGUGACCAGAAAUUUACCGUUUUGCUAAGUAACUAACUGCUUACGUAUUUACUAAAGCUGUUGCCGGUGUUAUGGAAUUCCAAGGAAGUAUCAGUUCCAUGAUGAUCUUCCUUUAUCAAUGUCUUACUUAAUGUUCAGUGUUUUAAAAAUACAAAAUUACACUCUACAACCAUACUCAGAUUUACUUAUUUUAUCAGAAGAACUUGAGAGAUUUGUAGAUCAAAUAAGACAAUAAGUGUACAUUGUUGAAUAAAAAACAUUUCAAGUUUU